AUGCCGACUCUCAACCAAAGCAGCUUUGAUCCUAUAACGUUCAUCCUGACCGGCAUCCCGGGCAUGGAAGAGUCUCACAUCUGGAUCUCCGUCCCAGUCUGCCUGAUGUACGUUGUUGCACUUUUUGCCAACUCCGUUUUACUCUUCAUCAUCAUAACAGAGCGUAGCCUCCAUGAGCCCAUGUACCUUUUCCUCGCCAUGCUGGCGGUCGCUGAUCUAAUGUUAUCCACGACUACGGUGCCCAAGAUGCUGGCCAUAUUCUGGUUUAGUGCCAGGGAGAUUUCUUUUGAUGCCUGCGUUACCCAGAUGUUCUUUACCCAUUUUAGUUUCAUCGCAGAGUCAACCGUUUUGCUGGCCAUGGCGUUUGACCGGUAUGUUGCCAUCUGCUACCCUCUGAGAUACCCGACUAUCCUCACACACUCAGUGAUAGGGAAAAUAGCUGUGACAGCUGUUGUUAGAGGGUUGUGUAUAAUGUUCCCACCUAUUUUCCUCCUUAAGAGGCUACCGUACUGUGGUCACACCGUUAUGCCUCACACGUACUGUGAGCACAUGGGCAUAGCCCGGCUGGCCUGCGCUGAUAUAACAGCCAACAUCUGGUAUGGGUUCACCACAACUCUGCUGUCGUCAGGGCUGGAUGUCAUGCUCAUUGCUGUGUCUUACGUGCUGAUCCUCAGGGCCGUCUUCCGGCUCCCGUCCAAGGACGCCCGGCUCAAGGCUCUCAGCACCUGCGGCUCCCACAUCUGCGUCAUCCUGAUGUUCUACACGCCAGCCUUUUUCUCCUUCCUCACUCACCGGUUUGGCCACAAUAUCCCUGGACACAUUCACAUCCUCCUGGCCAAUCUCUAUGUGAUUGUUCCCCCCAUGCUAAACCCCAUCGUCUACGGGGUGAGAACAAGACAAAUCCGGGAACGAGUGACCCGCAUGGUCUCCCAGGCCUGGGGAUUUCACUGCUUCUGCGGGGGGAGGGGAUGUUGA